AUGGAGUCCUCCGGCGAUGAGGGCGCCGGGGCAGCGAGGGUCGAGAUGGGGAGCCCCGGCCCUGCGUCGGCAUCCGCGGCCGUUGGUGGAGCUGGUGCGUCUGGAUCCGGGGGGAAGCCGCCGGUGAAGCGCGUCAUGAAGACGCCCUACCAGUUGGAGGUUCUCGAGAGGACCUAUUCAGAGGACCUGUAUCCAAAUGAGACCAAGCGCGCGGAGCUAUCGGUGAAGUUGAGGCUGACGGACAAGCAGCUGCAGAUGUGGUUCUGCCACCGCCGGCUCAAAGACCGGAAACCUCCGGCCAAGCGGCAUCUGCGGGAUGAGGAGGUCACCGUGCCAGUCAUAGCACCGCCGCCUGUGCUCCCGCUGUCGCUACCACCCAGCGAGGUAAUGGUGGGGCCUGUUGGGACUUAUGGUGAGCACCUGCUGCCCUUCUCCAGGAGAGGGCCUGGCAGGUCGUCGGCUGUGCCUAGGAUUUCUGUGCCAGAAUUGGGAGGAGAUACUAUGAGGCACCACAAGUGA